AUGCUUGAUUUUUCAAAUUCCUCUUCUUCUUUAGAUCCUCCAAGAUUGGAAUUACUACUGAAAAUGAAAUUUUCAUUGCAACAAGAAGGAAAGAAGAAAUGGCUUGAGAAUCGAGAAUUGAAAUAUGAAAAAUUCUUUCCUGUCGAGUUUAUGAAUGACAAGGACUUUGUUUUGAAUCACAUCAAAAAGUAUAGUUAUGGAUUGCAACAUGCAUCCACACAAUUAAAAAAAGAUCGAGAGUUUGUGUUGAAAGUGAUUCAACAACAGGCAGAUGAAUUUCGAUUUGCCAGUCGAAGCAUUUGCAAUGAUAAAGAAUUGAUAUUUGCAGCACUAAAGCAAUUUCUAGGGAUAUGGGGAUAUACUUCAUUUGAACUUAAAACGGACAAGAAAUUUGUUUUAGAAAUGAUCAGAGAAAUUGUUUUAGCUGCUGUCAAACAAAACGGUGAAGCACUGUGCUGUGUCGACCAUAAAUUUAAAUCAGAUGAGGAAAUUGUGUUGGAAGCAAUCAAACAAAAUAAGAAGGCACUUGGUUACGUACGAAAGGACUUACUUUUAGAUCGUGAAUUCAUGUUGAGAGCUGUCAAGACUAUAUUUCCAGAAUUUUCUGAUUUAGAUUCUUUUGAUUUUUCACAAAAAGACAUUAUGAUGAAACUUGUUCAAGAAAAUGGAUGGUUACUUGAAUAUGCAAGUGAUGAACUCAAGAAUGAUCGAGAAAUUGUUUUGAAUGCAGUCAAAAAUCAUAACCAUUCACUUCGCUAUGCUUCUGAAAAUUUGAAAAACGACAAAGAAAUUGCCUUGAUGGCUGUUAAACACAAUGGAUUUGCAUUACAAUAUGUGUCUGACGAAUUGAAGAGAGACAAAGAGGUCGUGUUAACUGCUCUCCGUCAAGCUCCAUCUUUAGAAUAUGCAUCUGAUGAGUUGAAGAAUGACAAGGAGGUCGUUUUAACAGCUGUAAGACAAUGCGGGACUCUUCUAAAGCAUGCAGGUGAAAUGUUGCAACGUGAUCAAGAAAUUAUAUUGGAGGCGAUCAAGCAAACAAGUGAUUCCUUGGAAUAUGUUCCUCCAGAUCUUUUGGGUGACAAACAAUUCUUAUUACAAGUUGUGAAGUAUGCUUAUGAUGGCAUUAUCGACUAUUUGCCUAUUGAAAUUUCGAAUGACAAAGAAUUUGUGUCAGAAGCAAUCAAACUCAACAGUCUUGCCAUUGUAGCAACCCAAAGAGAAGAUCCUGAACUUGUGAUGGAAGCUCUGAAAUGCAAUGGUUUUGUCUUGGAGUACAGUGAUGAAUUAUAUCGUGCAAGAAUGCAACAAUGUUAUCAUGGUGCUUAUUUGGGAAACACAACAACUCAUCACUGA